AUGGCUGGGAAUCGACAAAUACAAUAUGCUGAAGAAGAGGGUAAUCGGAAGUUAGAAAAGCAUGGAUUUACUCCGUCAGCCAGUGGUGCUGUGAUUGCUGAAAGGAAGAAAUCAACUAAACAAUCACUUCGACAUCGAAAUGCUGCUGAGUUUUUUAAAAGAAAUGAUGAACAGACCAAAUUAACUCAAAAUUAUAUUCAAAAUGGUCAGGUACUCUUUGAUCGAGUGAAAUCGGCUGAUGACGAUCUUGAAUUUCAGCGUCAUAUCGGCGAUUCAUUCGUGUUACAGUCUUUAAUGCCUAGCGCUGAUCUUAUACAAAAAAUUAAGGAAGAGAAGGAUGCUCAGAGAAUGAUUAAGGAUGGAUACGUUGAGAAAAGCGAUAUGGAAAUAGUCGAUCGUCCAGACGAGAAUGAAAGAGAUUACAAAGAUGGUCGGUUUUAA